AUGGCUGUAUUCCAACCAACCCGUGUAUCUUCCCCGUCGAGGUCUCUGGCCAAACUUAAGACGGCGGAAUCCUCUAUGUCCACAAGUUCUAUGGUUCCAGAGCUCAAAGAUCUCUCUGCCGAAGAUGUUGAACUUCUCGAUGCCGUUAUACAGCGUGCUGGUCCCUCUGCCACAACUUUCCUUACCGUCUUCAAGGCGUACAGUGAAAUCUUGAACGAACGUGGUCUAGAUCCUCAUGAGGUUGUUUGCUACGGAAAACUUCUGAAGCUUGGAACGUUGAAAGGAAAGAACUGGGGAGACAAGUGGAAGAUGAUCAAGGACCAAUACAACUCCGUGAGUUCAGUCCCCAAGACGGUCGCAAACCUCACGGACUUGAAGCACGAUCGAACAUCGACGCCUACCACCAUGUCCAGCUUCAAACCACCUUUAUACCCCCCGUCUAAUGAUUCGGAAACUCUCAACUCGCACGAGAAUGACAGCGUUCAACUUAACGCAGACGUCGCGUUGAUCGACGAGUCGAAGCAUCCCCAUGUGCGCAGAGCUUUCAGGUCAAUUCCUCAAUCACGACGUUCUCAUUAUUCAGAAGCGACGCUGAAUGAAAAUGGUUUACCCCAUACUUUCAUGCCCCGAAGGCCUGUGGUCCCUCUUGAUUGCAAUGCAUCGGUUUCAGGAGUGUCCGACGUUUCGGAACCCGUCCCUCGUGUCAUUCCUUCACAGAUCCCACCCAUCGGCUUCCACAAGCCACCCCCGUUGGAAAGGCUCGACACAGUCCGCGCUCAACGCAACAUGCCACCUCAGAUCACGGCUGACGUUGCACGUAAAGCCAUCGCACAAGCACGGAAACGCAAGGGCAGCGUGGUAAACGAAGAUGACGCAUGGAGAAAAAUCAAAUUUCAACGCGACGAAGAGGACGCCGAUACAUUUCGACAGGAUCGGCUGUUGGAGCGGUGUUGGGAAAUAUGGAAACAGGGAUUUCAGUGGAUCAUUACAACCAAUAUUCAAAUAUCUGAAGCUCGCGACAACCUUCUUCUGCGUUUAUCGCUUCAACGCUGGCAGAACAUCGCCACUUCACAUCGAGACCUCCACACUCGUAUUGCUCGGCUUGCCGACGAUCGUUACACAAGGACUGCAUUUCAUAAAUGGCAAAAGAAGCUCAAAGAACGGCGCCAAGACAAGUGGCGGCAUGAAAUGCGAAUGAAAAUGAAGCACAUCAAGGAAAGGGGAGAUCUCGAGCUCAAAAAGGACGCAUGGGCUAGAUGGCGACAGCUACAUCGAUCACGUCUAGCAUCGCAACAGUACUCGCACCAUCUGCUAUUUCGCUGCUACGCACGGUGGAAACAAAGGCUAUGCAAUCUCGAUGCAUUUGAGGCUACUGCAGAUGCGGUUUCGAGGACGGCCGUACUGAAUGACGCCAAAAAGUGCUUUGUUGCUUGGAAAAAGCUCGCCAUUUUGCGGACUAUUGAAAGGCAUGUUGUAGAACAGGUCAAUAUGAGGAUCACAUGUGACAUUGUGGAUAAUUGGAGAAGACGAAUGCAAGAUGAUCGACGUGCGAAGGAAUAUCAUACCGUUUGGAUCAUGAAACGCGCUCUGCUUUCCUGGAGAUCAUCUUUGACUCAGAUAGGCAUUCUAGAGAGACGCGCCACGAAACACAUUGCUCGUUCUAAUGAUCUUUUGUUGCGCGCCAUACUUCGUGUAUGGGGAGCUCGCGAACGAGGGAACUUACUCCUUCGUGUUAAGCUUACCCGGCUUUUGAAAGUAACAUGGGGAGCUUGGCAAACGCAACUCAAUCAGCGGAAAGAAAAUCAAGACCGUGCCGUCGCAUUUUCUCUACGCCCUAACUCACAACUUGCAUCGACCUUCAUACGACGUUGGAUGCGUGUCUAUGAAACACAUAAACAUGCGCAGAGCUUUGCUGUGCAAUAUGACGCCGCUCAAGUCCGGGAUAAGACCGCUCUGUACUGGCGUGUUCUUCUCCGAAAGAAGCUUAAGAUGGCCAAGACUGCUCGUCUCGCAGCACGGUAUUUCGCCGUUCGACAGGCCUGGAAGGUCUGGAAGGAGCGGUUAGAGGAGUUGAAGCGACAACAGCAAUUAAAACAAAUCUUGAUUGCGAAGAAGAAAGCGAUCUUUGAUGCUUGGUUAAAUCGAUAUCGACGAGAGGCAAGUCAAAAGCGCUCUUACGCUGAGAUGCAAGAGCGGAUAUCUAAACGUAUCAUACACAAUGCCCUUACUUACUGGACUAACCGAGUCGUUGAAGUGAAGCUUCGGGCGUUAGAGGUCGCUCAAAAAUAUGACAUCGUUGUCCAAACGUGGGUCGAACGUGCUGCUUUUCAGAAGUGGAAGAAAUUGUGUGUGCGUCAUGCUGAGGAGCUCAGUUUGAUGGAGAGUUAUCUUUUCGUCAAGCGCGAAGAUGUCACUCGACGCAUGUUCCACCGCUGGUUCGCCGCAGCACGUUCCACGCGUCAUCGGCGAUUAACACUGCAACGAAAGGAAGACCAAAUGAAGCUUGCGACUAUUACCUUUGUUUGGGACAAAUGGAGAGAUCAAUUUAUCAGCGAAAAACUCCGGCCUAUGGAGUAUGAUGUUAUCCUGCAAAAUCAGAAGAAUCUGAUGUUUUUGUCCUUUGGGAUAUGGCUUGCCAAGACAAAAUCCCUCCCUGCUAUUCGAUUUCACGCCAAUCAUACCAAGUUCAAAUUCUUCAAAGUUUGGCGAGAUUCCAUGCCACGCGCUCUCCAAGCCAAAGCAGCGCGUGAGCGUGAUCGUCAAAGUACACUUCGCCAUUUCAUAUCGAAGUGGAUUCAAACUUAUCGAUCCAAAAUAGCUCUAAAAGCUGUAGCACGUGCACGAUAUCUCCGUCUCCCCACUGCUCGACCGACCUUAGAUCCGUCAGGUUCAGCGCUCUCCACAAACCACAAUCUGUUCCCACGUCGCUUUUUACGCCAACCUGAUGAUGAUGAUGAAAAAGACAUUCCAACAUCAUAUCCGGUAGGCCGCGCACCCGGCGGAAAUCUUGGUCUCCUGCGACCACCUCGAAGUACGGGGUACAAUUCUCUUCUACCUUCACACUUCGGAGCGCGUGCAUCGAGUCCAACGCCGUCCAAAGCAUCGUCAGCACGUCCGCAGAGUAGGGCAGAUAGUCCAGCGCGAUCGAAAGCAUCGUUGGCACGUCCGCAAAGUAGGGCAGAUAGUCCACCGCGAUCGAAAGCAAGUUCUGUUGGCUCCGCUGAACCUGGAAGCCGCAAGCUUUGGUUAGAGCUUCAAGAAGUACAACGCAAGUCAAGAUCCCCAUUCCGGGAGACGAAGAAACCCCCAUAA